AUGAAAGCGCUGAUUGCUACCACUCUCAUGGUAGCGUCUGCAUGUGCUCAAUCUGCCAACAUUAACCAGCCUGCGCCUGGCUCCAAUAUCACUGCCAGUACCAAAUUUACUGUGCAAAUAGGCAUGGCGAUCGUGCCCACAAACGUCAAGGAGAUAGUGAUCGUAAUUGCUAUCCAGUCUUGCCCAACUGGGUACUGUUACAACGUCAGUGAGGAUAUGGGAACUGGCUUGUACGAAGGCCCAUACAAUCCACAGCUCGGUUCGGACGCAUCCGACCUACAUCAGUAA